AUGGUUUCGUUGAACUGGAAUAAAAGGCCCGAUUGUAGUGAAGUGUUGGCUAAAUGUCACAAAUGGUCUAUCGAUAGGAAUAUUGUGACACAUAAUCCUGAGUUUGAGUACACUCCGAUACCCUACUCAACAACACAUGCUAUCCUAAACGCACCGGUGUUUCAAUUGAAAACAAUAUUGGAUUCAAUGGAUUGUGGCCUCAAAUGGCAUAAAGGGCCGGACUGUUGGCAAGUGUUGGAUAAAUACAAAGACUAGUCUAUAGAAAGUAAUAUUGUGGCAAGUGAUCCGGGUUAUGAAUUUAUAUUAAAUAGACUGAAAUCCAAUGAAAUCUCAAUUUUCUAUCAAUUCCUAUCAAC